CCCUCCUAUAUCUCGAUGGUGCAGAACAACCAAUUUGGUGGGCACCCGACCGAAGAUCCGAACCAAUCUUGACCCAGUUUUUGCAAAUUUGUGAUUUGGUCAAGUACAAUGGUGUCUCCGAGGAUGCCAUACGGCUGCGUCUAUUUCCCUUCUCUCUAAGGGAUAAAGCUCGGAGUUGGUUGUCGAUGAUUUCUGAUGGGAGCAUUAAGACUUGGGAGGAGUUGAACCAAAAGUUCUUGCUUAAAUAUUUUCCUCCAAGCAAGUCGAUGCAACUGAAAAGCGAGAUUACUCAAUUCAAGCAACAAGACUCGGAGCCUUUAUACGAGGCGUGGGAUCGAUUUAGAGAGUUGUUGCGAAGAUGCCCUCGACAUGGUUUUCCAGAUGAUCAACAACUUUGUUUCUUCUAUAACGGGUUGUUGGGGCAAACGAGAGCCUUCGUAGAUGCGGCUGCUGGAGGAGUUUUAUCGGCUAAAACACCGGAGGAAGCGUCCAAUUUAUUGGAAGAGAUGGCCGUGAAUAGUUAUCAGUGGCCUUCCGAGAGGUCGAGCAUUAGACGAGUGGCGGAGGUGACAUCUUCUGAUCCAAUUAAGGAGUUAGCAGCUCAAAUGUCGUCAUUGACGAUGAAAUUAAAUGCUUUGACAAAAGGAGCUGAUGAGAUGAGUGGAGGACAAGGCAACGUGUUACCACUGGAUCCCUUACCAGAGGCUAAUUAUAUCAAUAAUCGGAACUUCAGCAAUUAUCACUCCAAUCCGGUGCCGGGUUUCUAUCACCCGAAUAAUAGGAAUCAUGAAAAUUUUUUCUAUGGAAACACGAAGAAUCUUAAGGACCCCGGAAGCUUUACUGUGCCUUGCACAAUCGGGAACAUUUUCUUUAGCAAAGCUUUAUGUGAUCUUGGUUCAAGUAUUAAUCUUAUGCCUUUGUCGAUUUUCAGGAAGCUAGGAUUGGGAGAAGUGAAGCCAUCUACGGUAAUCUUGCAAUUAGCGGAUCGUUCGGUAACAUAUCCCAAGGGGAUUGUUGAGGAUGUGCUUGUCAAGAUUGAUAAAUUUAUAUUUCCAGUGGAUUUCGUUGUGUUGGACAUGGAGGAAGAUAACGAGGUGCCAUUGAUUUUAGAAAGACCGUUUCUAGCGGCGGAAGAUGCCUUGAUUGACGUCAAAAAGGGAGAACUUACUUUGCGUGUUAAUGAUGAGCAUGUGUUAUUUUCUAUAGGGAAAAUUACAUUUUACCUACCUAACUAUCCGAAAAUUUACACUUUGCCCACAAAACUUUUUUUUGUUACACUUUGCCUACCUAACUUUGAUUUUUUGUACACUUUGCCAUUUCCGGGUAUUAUCCCAUCUCUUUGCAUGCAUAAAAUAAGAGUAGAAGAAGAUUAUAGACCCUCUGUGCAAAACCAACGACGCUUGAACCCUGUUAUGCAAGAAGUUGUUAGGAAGGAAGUGCUUAAAUGGUUAGAUGUCGGGAUUAUUUUUGCAAUUUCUGAUAGUGAGUGGGUGAGUCCGGUGCAAGUUGUGCCGAAAAAGGGAGGAAUGAUA